GCCAACAUGAUGUUUACCACAUGAGUUCCAUAGGAGGAAACAGCCAAAACCAGUGUAUAACUCUCUCGGGUAUAUAAAGAGGAGAUCAAAAUGACAUAACCGGAACUCAGCGAAGUGACCUACUGACCUCCUCUUAUUCGGUCAAAAUCUACAGCUCGAUUUUCUAGCGAAUCAUGGCCACCAUGAAGCUCGUACUUGUCCUUAUGAUGGCAUCAGUCGUUGCCGUGUGCGCCCGUGACCCCGAACUCACAACCGAUUUCGCCGUCCCAGUAGGAAUGAACUCUUCCUUGAUCACUGGAGAUUUCUUCACGUUCACAGGUCUCAGAAACUUCUCCGCUGCUCCAAACACCUUCGGCUCCAAGAAGGUUACACAGGUCGAAUUCCCCGCUCUCACUGGACUUGGAGUCGGCGUGACCCUCCUCGAGUACAAGCCCAACACUCUGAACCCUCCCCACACUCACCCCCGUGGAUCAGAACUCAUCUUCGUCAUGGCCGGACACUUGGACGUCGGCCUCAUCGACUCUGCCAACAAGCUGUACGCCGCCCAUCUCCAUGAAGGUGACUUGUUCGUGUUCCCUCAGGGUCUUGUCCACUUUCAGAUCAACAUGUCCAAGGAGAAGAGUGUUCUGGCCAUCUCUGCUUUCGGUAGCUCCAACGCCGGCACCAUCUCGAUGCCCAGGAACAUCUUUGGUUCUGGUAUUGAGGACGAGGUUCUCCUCCAGGCUUUUAAAAUCACCUCCGCCGAGUUGAUGAAGUUGAAAGCUCCAUUCAUGCCGACCGUUUAGAUUUACAAUGGCAAGAAGUGAUGUCUUGAGGAGGAUGAAGUGGGUCAUGUUCUCUGAGUACUUUCCUGUACUCUGUCCAUAAGCUUGAUGCGGAUGAAAUCGAGGAAUUGUUUCAUGAAAAGUCUCAUCUUUUCAUGAGAAGAAGUGCGCUCCCUGUGAGAGAGUUUCAAAUGAAUUUUGACUUCGAGAAUAAACUAGUUCUCUGAGAAAGUCUCAAUGGUUAUCAUUUA